AUGGAAUCCAGAAGUUUUCCAUUCUCAGAGAAAUAUUCAUCUUAUAUGUUUUCUGCAGGUAGAAAAAGGCUACUGUCGGUUUCUAGUUUAGUUAUAGUGUCUUCUUCGCUUCUUAUUCUUGCAUUAAUUUUUCAGUAUUUCUCAUUUAAUAUAUCUGUAUUACAACCACUUUUUCAUAGUUUUCGUUCCACUACUACUACUACCAGUAGCAAUCAUACCGACAUUAAAAAUGUUUCUGAUUAUGAUGUGGGAAAAACCCAUGAAGAGAUUUUCUCAAAUGGAUUAAAAAAUGCAAGCCUUUUGAGUUCUUAUAUUGGACAAAAAGACCAUGUAGGAGGGAGUGUUGAUGGCAAAACCCUAGGACAAAGUUCAGUUGGUGAUAUGAAAAAUGAUAGUUCUUCUGGUGAGACACAACAACAACCCCCACAAUGCAGCAUUUCUGAGAAUAGUAAUGCCGAUGUUUAUGAGAAAUGUGAUAUCUAUAAAGGUAAGUGGGUAAGAGAUGAAAAGAAACCAUAUUAUCCGGUUGGUUCAUGUCCUCACAUUGAUAAGGGUUUCAAUUGUCAUGCAAACGGUAGACCAGAUGAUGAUUAUUUGAAAUGGAGAUGGCAACCAGAUGACUGUAAUAUACCCAGCUUCAAUGCUACUGAUUUUCUGGAAAGAUCGCGUGGAAAGAAUAUCACAUUUGUUGGGGAUUCACAGAAUCGGAAUAUGUGGAAAUCAUUGGUGUGUAUGCUUCGGCAUGGUGUCGCAAAUAGUACUAGAGUGCACAAGAUUUAUGGAAAAAACUACUUUGUAGGAUUUAUAUACGAGGAUUACAACUGUUCUGUGCAGUACGUGAGUGCUCCAUUUCUUGUUAGAGAAACAUCAGUUAAACUUGAAAAUGGAACGUCGCCAACAGAGACCUUAAGGUUGGAUUUGAUGCAUAAGAAAUCAGAAGCAUUUAAUGAAGCUGAUGUGAUAGUCUUCAAUACAGGCCAGUGGUGGAAUUACGAUAAAACCUCUAAAGGAGAGAACUACUAUCAAGAAGGAACGUAUCUGUACCCAAAAUUGGAGGUUCUGAAAGCAUUCCAUAAAGCUCUCAUUACCUGGGGCAAAUGGGUUGAUGAAAACGUCAAUACUAGUAGAACGCAGGUUAUCUUCAGAGGAUAUUCAUUUACCCAUUUUAGGGAUGGUCAAUGGAAUUCCGGUGGUCAAUGCCAUAAGGAAACUGAGCCAAACUUUAAUGAUACUUCUUUAAGGAAGUACCCUACAAAGAUGAAAAUUGUAGAAAACGUGCUAAAACAGAUGAAAACACCUGUCAUAUAUAUGAACGUAAGCAGGCUUACGGACUACAGACAGGAUGGUCAUCCAUCAAUAUACAGAAUGGAAUAUAAGACCGAAGAAGAACAGGCUGCAGCAAUGCAUUCUCAGGAUUGCAGCCACUGGUGCUUACCUGGAGUUCCUGAUACUUGGAAUGAAUUGAUGUACGCUUCCCUCCUAAAAUUCGGUAAAGGACCAUGGACUAACUGAGAGUAGUAAUUUGAUUAUUUAUUUUUUUGAAAGUUAAGUAGAUUAAAGUAAACUAGGGAAACAAAGGAGUGUCGAAAGUGUUGGUUACCCUUAUCUCAUUACAAUGGUUUGAGAUAUUGGUAUAGAGUCUAUAGACCAACAUAUUGUCAACCCAUCAGCAGAAAUUGGAAAUACAGCUAGAAUUGAAAGUUGACAGUCUAAAU